AUGUUCUUCUUGGUGCCGGAAAGGAGCGGACGUACGGAGAUACCCAUUUCUUUACAGGUGUUGCCAUGGAAGCAUGAGAAACUCAAACUUCUGCAUGCGCAGUCCCCGGAUGCCGCACCCCUGAUGGAGUCGGUCGGAGGCGUCGAGGGCCUUCGGAAGAUGCUGAAUCUUUACACGGAGGACCAAUCCGAGGCCAACAGCAGGUGCGUCACCUGCCGCGACGUGUACCUUCAGGUCGGCCAGUGUUGUGCAAGCCUUUGCUCGCGGCAAGGAUGA